GAAACAAAGAUGGCGGCAGUUACCAGAGGCUCAUUCACAUUUAUUAGACGCUUGCUCUUGGCACAUCGGUACAAGCUUUGCUGCUCCAGGGUCCAAACUGGCCGACCAGACUACACCCGUCAUCCCCACACUGUCUUCAUCCCUCAGCUGUGCAGCUCUAGGUUUUUCCACACCAGUUAUGUCACAUCAGGACCAAUUCUGCCAUUCAAACUGUCAGAUAUUGGCGAGGGCAUCAUGGAGGUGACGGUGAAGGAAUGGUAUGUGAAGGAAGGAGACAAAGUCUCCCAGUUUGAUAGCAUCUGUGAGGUACAGAGUGACAAGGCAUCUGUCACCAUCACAAGUCGCUAUGACGGUGUCAUUAAAAAGCUCUACUAUGAGGUUGAUGCCACAGCCUUAGUGGGCACACCCCUGGUGGAUAUCGAGACAGAGCCCGGUCCGGAGGUGGUCCAUGAGGAGGAUGUUGUGGAGACCCCGGCGAUGUCAAACGAUGAGCACACACACCAGGAAAUCAAGGGACACAAGACCCAGGCCACUCCUGCAGUCCGUCGUUUAGCCAUGGAGAACAAUAUCAAGCUGAGUGAAGUGGUCGGUACCGGGAGAGACGGACGGAUCCUCAAAGAGGACAUCCUCAACUUCCUGGCCAAACAGACAGGGGCCAUCUUACCCCCGACCCCAUUCCAUGAGAUCCAGCCACCCCCUCCCGCAGCAUCCGCCCCCUCCUCGGCCUCCAUGCCCAAGAUGAAGCCCACACCAAGUGUCCAGCUCCCUGUCGUCUCCAGGCCCGUCUUCACGGGCAAGGACAGCACUGAGCACCUGAAAGGUUUUCACAAAGCAAUGGUGAAGACCAUGACUGCAGCUUUGAAGAUCCCCCACUUUGGUUAUAAAGAUGAAGUGGAUUUGACGAGGCUGGUGCAGUUGCGCAAGGAGCUGAAGGGCCUGUCAGAGGCUCGCGGUGUCAAGCUCAGCUACAUGCCCUUCUUCAUCAAGGCUGCUUCCCUGGGCCUUCUCCAUUUCCCUAUCCUCAACGCCUCGGUGGACGAGGCUGUUCAGAACAUCACCUACAAGGCAUCCCACAAUAUUGGUCUGGCCAUGGACACGAGCCAGGGCCUGCUGGUGCCCAAUGUGAAGAAUGUGCAGUUGCUGAGUGUGUUUGAGAUCGCAGUGGAGCUCAACCGCAUGCAGACCCUGGGCGCCACGGGCCAGCUGGGCACGGCUGACCUCACAGGAGGCACCUUCACCCUCUCCAACAUUGGCUCGAUUGGAGGCACUUAUGCAAAGCCAGUAAUUCUGCCUCCUGAGGUGGCGAUUGGCGCUCUUGGAAAGAUCCAGGUCCUACCCAGGUUUAACUCGAGGGACGAGGUGGUGAAAGCUCACGUCAUGAACGUCAGCUGGUCGGCAGACCACCGGAUCAUCGACGGGGCCACCAUGGCGCGGUUUUCCAACCUGUGGAGGGACUACUUGGAGAACCCGGCUUCUAUGGUCCUGGAUCUGAAAUGAGCAUGCGGUACCCUGGCCUGCAUCCCCUGGACGCAAGCCCAGCGACGCAAAACCAGCCCCCAUGAUGAUGUGAAGUUGGUCUACUGUACUCUGACUCUUUGGGUAGUCACUUUGACUGGGUGUUACUGGUCACCAUACUGCUCCUGACCCCUUGGCCAUCCAAACCUUUCUUCCUCCGAACAUGGAUGGCUGCACACGCCACGGACACCACAAGUUCCCUUACUACUCAACGUUGUGAAACUAAUCUCUAGUUGCUGGCUGUUUUUAUCUUUGUGUGUGGCCUUCGUUUGUUUGCUCUCUUCUGGUUGCCUUACUGACAUAGGAUGGGUAUGAACAGUAGCGCUUUCUCCUGAAGAGCAGAAUGUUGGAAGGAAAACUUUUUUUUUUUUUAGUAAACCUGUUGUAUUUCUGAAAUACUGUAUAACCCUGUAAAAAUGUCUUUGCACCUUUUUGUUUUCUUACAGCCCCACACAUUCCAUCAAUGCUAGAAAGCUAUUUUCAAGAGAAUGUGCGGUUUAGUGAUUCCCUAUGGAAAGCACCAUUGCACAACAUGCGCUUGUUAGUGUUCAUAUCAGCUACAGUGCCUUCAAAG